AUGAAGUGGGGAUGGACCGGGGCGUUGCUGGCCUGGUUGACGACAACCGCAUCAUGCUGGCCAUACGACGAGAGUCUGGUCAGGUACAACCUCAACGAGAAUAAAGCCGCGACAAACCCGGCGGAGUACUGGGGAGAAUGGCCGGACCAUAAGGGCAAAUACUUCCCCUCCCCCAAGAACUGGCGGUUUCCUGUAUAUACACUGUUUUUGGAUCGAUUCGUAAACGGUGACCCGGAGAAUGAUAAUAUCAACGGGACGCAAUUCGAGCAUGAUAUCAGUUCCAACCAGAUGCGCCAUGGCGGUGAUGUCGCCGGGUUGGUCGCUACUUUGGACUAUUUACAGGGAAUGGGGAUCAAGGGCAUCUAUCUUGCUGGAACGAUCCUCAUGAACCAGCCCUGGGGCGCGGAUGGUUACUCUGCGUUGGAUACAACUCUCCUGGACCAGCAUUUUGGUGACCUUCAAGUCUGGCGUGACGCCAUCACUGAAAUACACAACCGGGGGAUGUAUGUGAUAUUCGAUAACACUAUCGCUACCCUCGGUGAUCUCAUUGGGUUCGACGGCUACCUCAACACCACCACCCCAUUCUCGGUCAAGGAGCACCAGGCGUUGUGGAAAACCGAUCGUCGGUAUGUUGACUUUGACAUCGGCAAUGACUACAACGCGACGUGCGAUUACCCCCGUUUCUGGUACGAAGACGGUCUCCCGCUUGCCGCGGAGUAUGCCGAUCAGCUGGUGGGCUGCUACAACAGCGAUUUUGACCAGUACGGAGACAUUGAAGCGUUCGGUGUGUUCCCUGACUGGCAACGUCAGCUGGCCAAGUUCGCGUCCGUGCAGGAUCGUCUGCGAGAAUGGUACCCCAGCGUGCGAGAGCGGCUGAUCCGUCACUCGUGCAUGAUCAUCGCCUCCCUCGAUAUUGACGGAUUCCGGUACGAUAAAGCCACCCAGGCGACGGUCGAUGCUCUCGGCGAGAUGUCCAUGGCCUACCGGGAAUGCGCGCGCGCCGUGGGUAAGGACAACUUCUUCAUCUCCGGAGAAAUCACGGGUGGUGAUUAUUUCGGCUCGAUCUACCUGGGACGAGGCAGGCAGCAGAACCAGUGGCUCUCUAACCCGGCCGACGGGCCCAAGAUGACGAACGAGUCCAGCGCCCAGAAUUUCCUGCGCGAGGCGGGUCAUGAAGCCCUGGAUAGUGCUGCGUUCCACUAUUCCGUUUACCGAACCCUGACCCGUUUCCUGGGGAUGGAUGGUAAUCUCGCCGCGGGUUACGAUGUCCCCCUGGAUUGGGUCGACAUGUGGCGGCAGAUGCUGCGGUCGAACGACCUCGUCAAUGCUAACACGGGCAAAUUCGACCCCCGGCACAUGUACGGUGCGACCAACCAGGAUGUCUUCCGUUGGCCAACUGUGCAAUGGGGAGUUGAGCGGCAGCUGUUGGGUAGUUAUAUCACGACGCUGCUGCUGCCCGGUAUCCCUCUAAUGCUCUGGGGUGAGGAGCAGGCCUUCUAUGUGCUUGAUGCCACCGCUUCCAACUAUAUUUACGGUCGUCAGGCCAUGUCCCCGGCAACUGCCUGGAGAGACCACGGCUGCUUUGCUUUGAAUUCCUCCCAGUACUACAAUUGGCCGAUUGUCGAUGGCAGGAACGGUUGUCACGAUGAUACAGUCGCCUAUGACCACCGGGACCCUUCGCACCCGGUGCGCAAUGUCUUCAAGCACAUGUAUCAGUUGCGUGAGCAAUUCCCUGUUCUCAAUGACGGGUAUACCCUGAACAACCUGUCCAAGUCCACCGUUGACGUCUACUACCCGGGUUCCAACGAAACCGCCACCGAGACGGGAAUGUGGUCUGUCAGUCGAGAAGUCGAUCUCGAUGUGCAGGAUUUCGGGUCCGAUGCGAAGAACUCGCCUGUCUGGAUGGUCUAUCAGAAUAACAACCACACGGUCGAUUACAAAUUCACUUGCACCGACUCCAAGAAGGCUUUGAUCGCUCCCUUCCCUGCCAACACGCGCGUCAAGAACUUGUUUUACCCCUUCGAUGAGUUGGAACUGACCGCCGGCCCGUCUGAACGAACUUUUGGGAAUGCCACAUCAGCCGUGGGCUGUUAUCCCAAUCUGACCCUCAAUGCGUUCGAGUUCAAGGCCUACGUACCCAAGGAGUUGCAUGUCAUGCCCCGCCCGAUGAUCACCGGCUUCACCCCUGGGCACGACCGUCCAAUUGCUUCUACUGUUGCACCUGAUGCCUCUGAGAACGUGCCCAUUGAGCUGUAUUUCUCUGAGGAGAUGGAUUGCGAUGGGGUCACCAAUUCUAUUUCCCUGACGUCCUCCACCGAGUCGCGCAAAGUCCCGUCCAUCGCCUCUGGCUCCGUCUCUUGCAAAUCCAUUUCCAACGCCACCACCUCGUGGACGGCUCAGAUCCCCAGCGCAUGGAUGUGGGCAGCCACUUUGACCAACGUCUACAACGGCGUCCACCGAGUUACCGUGAAGGAUGUCAAGACUGUGAAUGGAAACGCCUCAACCAACGCCACGGACCACUUCCUGUUCCGCAUUGGCCAGGUCGACAAUCCGAUGAUCUUUACCACUGCCAACUACUCGACUAGUUUGCUCCAUGAAAAUGACAACGGGACGCUGUUCAUCCAGCACCACGCCGCAGGCGCGGAUAAAUACCGCUACUCGACCAACUGGGGCACGACCUGGUCGAGCUGGACUACAUACAAUGGCGGUAACGACACCAUCCAGGAACUGGAGUGGCACGGAACCAAAGACCAACGCUGGCAAGGCAAACACGUCCGCGUGGAAUACUGGAGCGGCUUGACCGGUAGCAGCGACUACUACCAGGAAGGCGAUGUGGGCUGGAACCACAAGGUGCCCCGACGAUUCCCGCAUAUCCAUUUCAACGGUCCUUACAACCAGUUCGGUUACGAUGGCGGCCUCGACAAUAAGGCCAAGCUAGACACCAGCAGUGGAUUCUGGAAGCACCACUUCACCUACGAGUGGCCCGCUCAGGGACAGAUCAACGUCUGGGGGAUCAACCCCGAUGGCAAGCCGGACCAGAGCUGGGUCCUGGGCGACGUCGACGGUGACCAUGUCUUGGACCGCAUGCCCCCGUCGUCUCUGUCUGCGACCAUGAUCAAUUUUACCGAACCUCCGCCCUCACCUCACCUCUCCUGGAUUAUCUCCAUCAACGACGCGACCAUGCGGUAUGAGCUGAUCCCCGCCGGGAAUCAAGCCACGCAGAUGGCCAUGUACAUUCUCUUCUGGAUUGUGCCCCUGCUCACAGGCGCGGCAUGCGUCUAUGUCUUCAUGAAAUCCUUCUACCAGAUCAAGUUCAACCAGGUCGGCGUCAGCGAGAAGCGCUCCGUCAUUCCCCUGGCCCUCCGCCGGAAGCUGAAGCGUGCUCGCAAUGGCGACGGUGAGGCAUUGAACCCCCUGAUGCGUCUGGCCAACAAGUCCGGUUUCAUCCAGAGCUCGACGGAUCUGGCGGGCGCCGCUGCGACUUCCAAACGACGCAUGGUGCUCAUUGCCACCAUGGAAUAUGAUAUCGAAGACUGGGCCAUCAAGAUCAAGAUCGGUGGUCUCGGUGUCAUGGCACAAUUGAUGGGCAAGACCCUCGGGCAUCAGGAUCUCAUCUGGGUCGUUCCCUGCGUCGGCGGAGUGGACUACCCCGUCGACCGGCCAGCGGAACCCAUGAUCGUCACCAUUCUGGGCAAGCCGUAUGAAGUCCAGGUGCAAUACCACACCUUGCAGAAUAUCACUUACGUCUUGCUGGACGCCCCUGUUUUCCGCCAGCAGUCCAAGUCGGAACCCUACCCAGCGCGCAUGGAUGACCUGGACAGUGCCAUCUACUAUUCCGCGUGGAACCAGUGCAUUGCGCAGACUAUCAAGCGGUUCCCCAUCGACCUGUACCAUAUCAAUGACUACCACGGAUCCCUGGCGCCUCUCUACCUCCUACCGCAAACAAUCCCCGCCUGUCUGUCUCUCCACAACGCCGAGUUCCAGGGUCUCUGGCCUAUGCGGACCGAGAAGGAAAAGGAAGAGGUUUGCUCCGUCUUCAACCUGGACAAGGAAACCACCCGUCGCUACGUUCAGUUCGGUGAGGUUUUCAAUCUGCUCCACGCCGGUGCCAGUUAUCUGCGUGUCCACCAGCAAGGAUUUGGUGCCGUCGGUGUGUCCAAGAAAUACGGUAAACGGUCGUACGCUCGCUACCCCAUCUUCUGGGGUCUCAAGAAGGUCGGCAAUUUGCCCAACCCGGAUCCAUCGGAUAUUGGCGAGUGGAACAGGGAGCAGGCCCUCGCCAAGGGUGAAGACCCUCCUGUCGAUGCGGAAUUCGAAGCUGGUCGUGCGGAGCUCAAACGCCAGGCUCAAGAAUGGGCUGGCCUGGAGCAAAACCCGGACGCUGAUCUCCUCGUGUUUGUUGGUAGAUGGUCCAUGCAGAAGGGUGUGGAUCUGAUUGCGGAUGUCAUGCCCGCUGUUCUUGAGGCUCGCCCUAACGUCCAACUGAUCUGUGUCGGCCCUGUCAUCGAUCUGUACGGCAAGUUUGCCGCCCUCAAGCUGGAUCGUAUGAUGAAGGUCUAUCCCGGCCGUGUCUUCUCUCGUCCGCAGUUCACUGCUUUGCCCCCCUACAUUUUCUCCGGUGCCGAGUUCGCCCUCAUUCCGUCCCGUGACGAACCGUUCGGUCUGGUCGCUGUCGAGUUCGGCCGUAAGGGUGCUCUUGGUAUCGGUGCACGCGUCGGUGGUCUCGGUCAGAUGCCUGGUUGGUGGUUUAACGUGGAGUCAAUGACCACUGCUCAUCUGCUCCAUCAAUUUAAGCUUGCGAUCGAGGGUGCCUUGAACUCAAAGCCAGAGGUCCGCGCUAAGAUGCGCGCUCGUUCAGCCAAGCAGCGGUUCCCUGUCGCUCAGUGGAUCGAGGAUCUUGAGAUCCUGCAGUCUACCUCAAUCCGUAUCCACAACAAGGAGGCUGCCAAGUCUCAUAAUCGUCCCAUGACCCCUAGCGGCCCCAUGACUCCUCGUGGACUGGGUGCCAUGAGCCCAUCUCUACCCGCCAGUGGAACCCAGACUCCAGUUGGCAUGCACUCUCGCGAAGCCAGCUACGUGAACCUGAAGCAAUUGGCAGAGAUUGGCCCACAGCAGCGGGACACCAUCAUUUCCUACAGCAACAACACCAACACGGGCCGGGAGAUGACUGAGAAACCUGCUCCGGGAUUGAGCCGUAAACUGUCGCUUGGUGUCCGUUCCGGUCCUGGUCACCUCAACCGGCCUGGUCGGCAUGGACAACAGGACCUCGCUGUCCCCGAUCGCAGAGACGGCGGUGAUGUUUCCGACAUCGAGGAGGAGAGUGACGAUGACUACAUUGACGCCUACUAUGGCGAGGAUGAAUACACUCUCACUCCCGAACAGGCCGAGGAAGGUCGUCGUCUUCAGAACAAUCCCCUGUCCCAAAGCGGACGCGCCACUCCGAGAGAACUUACCCGCUCCGCGCAAUUCCCCUCGAGCCCCUCGAUUCAUUCCGAUAUGGGCCUGGCUCCCCCCACCCGCCCAUUCUUGGAAGCUGGCAAUCGUAUGAGCAGUGCCUCGGUGCUGUCCGUCGAUUCCAUCGUUGGUGACAAGAAGGACUUCAAGCUGCAAAAGGUGGAUCCUUUCUUCACUGAUAGCCAUGGCGACUACGCUCGCUCAUUCGAAAAGAGUCUGGAAAUCCUGAACGGGUCCAACUCCGAGUCGCAGCUCUGCAUCGAGGAGUUCCUGGUCAAGAGUGAAAAGGAAUGGUUCGACAAGUUCCGUGAUGCCAAGCUGGGCCGUCUGGCCUCGCCCGCUCCAUCUGUCUUCCGCGGUAAGCGUGGUCCUUCGCCUGUGGAUUCCUACUACGGGGAUGACGCCUCGUCGCGCAUGAGUCCCGACGAUGAGCAGUCCCAGGAGGAUGACGAAUUUCUCCUGGGCAAGGACUACGUCCCUCCGACCGGUCUGCGCAAGUGGAUGCAGCUGCGCAUCGGAGACUGGCCGGUCUACUCCCUCUUCCUGGGUCUGGGCCAGAUCAUUGCGGCCAAUUCGUACCAGAUCACCUUGCUGACUGGCGAGGUUGGUCAAACCGCGGAGAAGCUGUACGGAAUCGCGACCACGUACCUGAUUACCUCGAUUCUGUGGUGGUUUGUCUUCCGUUACUUCAAGUCGGUCGUCUGUCUUUCGGUCCCCUGGUUCUUCUACGGCCUGGCAUUUCUGCUCAUUGGCUUCGCCCAUUUCGAGCACAAUGAGUUCAGCCGGGGCUGGAUCCAGAACGUCGGCAGUGGCUUCUAUGCCGCCGCUUCGUCCAGCGGUUCGAUUUUCUUCGCCCUCAACUUUGGGGAUGAAAGCGGUGCGCCGGUCAAAGAAUGGGUCUUCCGUGCCUGUGUCAUCCAAGGCACGCAGCAAGCAUAUGUCAUUGCGCUAUGGUACUGGGGUUCGACGCUCACCAAGGCCUCGAGCCAGGGCAUGCUCACCUCCGAGACCAACAUCGCCAACACCUGGAAGAUGACCGCCAUCUGUGUGCCCAUUGCCGUGUUCCUGUGGGCCGUCGGUCUUCUCAUGUUCUUUGGCCUUCCCAACUACUAUCGCCAGAGCCCUGGCAAGGUCCCGUCCUUCUAUCGCUCGGUGUUCCGCCGCAAGAUUGUCCUCUGGAACUUUGCCGUCGUCAUCAUCCAGAACUUCUUCCUCAGUGCUCCGUACGGUCGUAACUGGAGUUUUCUCUGGAGUUCAUCCCACGCGAAGACCUGGCAAAUCGUCAUUCUCUGCGUCGUCUUCUUCGGUUUCGUCUGGGCUGCCUUCCUCUUCAUCCUCAGCCACCUCUCCAAACAACACAGCUGGAUCCUCCCCGUGUUCGCCUGCGGUCUCGGAGCCCCUCGCUGGGCCCAGAUCUGGUGGGGCAUCUCUGGCAUCGGCUACUACCUCCCCUGGGUCGGAGGCGGGUACACGGGCGGCGCCCUGGCAUCCCGCAGCGUCUGGCUGUGGCUGGGCGUUCUGGACGCAAUCCAGGGCCUGGGCUUCGGUAUGAUCCUGCUGCAGACCCUGACCCGCAUGCACAUGUGCUUCACCCUCAUCGUGUGCCAAGUGCUGGGUUCCAUCGCCACCAUCUGCGCCCGAGCCUUUGCGCCAAACAACGUCGGGCCGGGCCCUAUCUCGCCCGAUCCCACCUUCGGCGCGAGUGCCGUGGCGAACGCGUGGUUCUGGAUCGCCCUGAUCUUCCAGCUGCUCAUCUGUGCUGGAUUCCUCCUCUUCUUCCGCAGAGAGCAACUCUCCAAGCCCUAA